ACCGGCCCGAUGAAGAAAGCGAUCGUGAGAGCGUAUUCUCGAGAGAUACGCGGGCGUGUCAAGUCGGCGUCCGUCGCUUCGCAGAAACACCGGGAACGCCGAGUACGCAAGCCCGAAGUAUGGAGUUUGGUGAAGUACGGAGGGACGAGAGAGGGGAAAUUGCGCCGGGAGAGAGAAAGAGAGAGAGAGAGUGAGAGAAUGAAGAGGGGUGGGGGGGGGGAGAGAAGCGUGGUGAAGUGGAGAGUCUGAGCGAGCAGGCGCUCUUUGCCUAGGCUUCUAAGCCUGCGACUUUUUCCCGUUCGUCUCGUUGUCCGGACGGCGGGCCAAUCGGAGUAAGUAGGUCAGCGCGAACGGCCAAUCGGCGCUCGAGGCCGGGUCACGUGGGUUUGUUGUUAUCUAUCAGCUGUUUUUCCCGGACGGCCGGCCGGCGCAGUGAAAGCCGCUUGGCAGUCUGUCCUCAGUCCCUCCCGGUCGCUCAGCUGUGCGUCACAUGUCGGGCGCCGCGAGUCCUUCUCCUGUGCGGAUCGCUAUUAAACGUACGAGUCUAACGAUCCGGCUAGGACGCCGUCUACCAUCGGACCCCCGUCUAACGUCGGUGCGCGUUAGCCACGUAUUAUUAUGCUGUCAGUCGUGUGCACGCCAACGCAUCGCCACGAAUCGAUCACGAAGUGCCUCGAAUAUGCGGACGGCGUGACGAACGCGGGCGACGGUGCACGCCGCUUUGUUGAUACGCUGAGUUCUGUGUUCAGGCCACGGAGGCCGCCGCGCGCUUAAAGAUCCUCGUCGUACAGGGAUCACCCUAUUGCCCUAUUCCCCCUCCCCUGCGACUUUUAAACACACUGCCACCAUCGUCGGUGGCAGGUAUACAACGGCGUGAUUGGUACGUGACGAGGAGCUGCUGGUCGUUACGAUGACCUAAAGCGAGACAAAAAGAAAGCGAGCCUUCUUAGGAAUUCGCUCGUGCGGCGGCGUGCUCGAGUUCAAAAGGAUCAUCUUUCGGGAGUGCGCGUCAGUCGUUUACCUCGCGUUUGGAAUUUUAAACUUUUAAACGUGUAUUCCUGCAUGACUUUGUGAAUCGCGUUCGCUGUGCACUUCGGCAACCUUCCAUCAAUUCGUCUCUCUUCGAACACUGUCGAAUCGAGAGAGGGAGAGAUAGAACGUUUGAAAACGUGUCGCAGGACAGGGACAGUGGAAACGAGUGUGUCGAGUGGACAGGAGCAAGUACGUCAAGGACAGAAGUGUAAAGUGUAAAGUUGGUCGUGUGAAUGUUUCGCGUCGCGUUGCGCGUUCAACGAGUGCCUCGCACAACGGGACUCCGCGCUCGAAAACGAUCGAUGAGAAUGAUCGAAUGAUCCUUCGCUACGAAGAAGAAGAAGAAGAAGAAGAAGAAGGAGAGAGAGAGAGAGCGAGAGAGAGAGAGAGAGAGAGAGAAAGAGAGAAAGAGAGAGAGAGAGUGAGGGACAGGAAUUGUUCUGAUUUGCGCGAAACCGAGUGAUAUCGCGUCGCCUGGUAGAAGCAACAAAUAAUGUCGACGGGCAAGAGGCUAGCAAAGCGCAGCAUAAUCGGCACCAGGGUGUGCGCUCCCGGUCAGGACGGCAAGUACUACAGCGGCGCCAUUUGCGCCGUGAAGACGCCGCAGACCGCCGAGUCACCGGGGCAGAAGAGCGUCACGGGCACGAGCAAGACUUUGUAUUCCGUACGUUUCGACAUCAUCGGCGGCAGUCCGCCGAGUCCGAAGGAGUACACCGAUCGCGAUCUCAUCGGACCGGGCUUCGGUUCCGUCACUGGCGCGCGAUUGGUACCCGGUCAGAAGGUUUAUCUAACGUACAACGGUAGGGAGAUUCACGCGGAGGUCACGGAGCAUCGCCAGCAUCUCGACGAGGUAGACGUGGUCAUUGCCCCGAACGGGCAAGAGGGUACUAUGAGCCUAACCAAACGUAUAGACGAAAUCAGGUUGCUCGAAUCACGUAAGAGUGCACGACUCGCCGAUCAAGACACGGAUUUCGCCAGACUCGCCGAUAUGGCUGGCGAUCGCAAGCGAGCGUCCUCCCACUCUAUCGACGUGCCACACGUGAUGGCAUCCAGGAAACGACGGCCAAGCUCGAACAAUGAUUCCGAACGGACAUACAGCGGUUGGGGCGAGAGGGUGGUCUGCGGACGUGAGGGUUGUCGCACCAACGAACGCGGUGAUUGCAUGGACGAAUGCGCUGCCGCCCUGGUUCUUAUGUCGCUCUCGUGCUCACCUCACAGUCCUCACAACCCCCCGCCACUUCACUGCCAAUACAAUUACGGUUCCUGGGGGAGUCGUGGAGGCGGAGGCAGCGGCAUGAUCGCCGGCUCACCGGGAGUCGGCGGUAUGUCAAAUAGCAGUAGCAGCAGCGGGGCUUCCUGGCGAAGCGGCACUCCCAGUCCACCCCUUAGCGAGGAGGGUGUACCGACGAGAAGUUCUCCAUGUCCGGCGACCUCACAUCCCUCGCACAAUCAGCCACACUACCCCUACAACACGUCCGGCUCGUCGUCGAGCAGCACCCCAGGCUCGACUACGCUGGAUGAGGGAAUAGUGCCCGACUAUAUCGAGGAACAACAUCCACGUAAAAAGAUUCGAGCGAAAGUCAAUCAGGACCCGAUCGAGGCCGAGCCAGGCGCUUGCGCGACUUUCGAAAGCGAACAGGCGAAUGCGGCAGUGGUCUUCAAGUGCAAUUGGCCGGGUUGCCUCGAAAUCAAGGCGACCGUCGCACUUAUUGAAGAACAUGUGCGCCAGUCACAUCUGCUUCUGGGCCCAAAGAAAUCCAAAGGAUGCGACAGCGAGGACGAUCACGAGGAGGAAUUCUAUUAUCAGGAAGUCGCUGUGGAUCACAUGAGUUCACCUCCCACGAUGUCUCACCGGGACAUGGCAAGACCUCCGCAUGAGGAUCCAGAGUACCAAAAGCAGCUUCGUCUUGAGGCGACUCCUGUCGCGAGUAAUUUUAUCGAGAACGGAAUGGUCGGUGUCAGGGAACCGAGCAACACGUUUACGAUCUCGCAAUCGCCGGGUACACCCAAUAAACACAUCAAAUUGUCACCGCGGCCAUUGCAGGCGUGUCAUCAACAGAACAUGACAACGUCCACGGGCAAGCCGUCCUCUCCGCGGCGAACUCGCAGCGAUGUUAAGAAAUGUCGCAAGAUCUACGGUAUGGAUUCACGUGACCUCUGGUGCACUCAAUGUAGGUGGAAGAAGGCCUGCACCCGUUUCUGCAGCGAAUAGGCCAAGCGUCCGCCCCGUUCGUACGUCCGUGGGCGGAAACCCUUGUCAAGUCGACCCCAGAGUUUGCCAAUGCUACAUUGAACAUUAACACCAACUGCCAAAUGCCAAUCAUCGUCGAAGAUACGGCGCCGAGAAAAUAGCUCUCGCAUUCGGAGCACGAGACGCAAAACCGCCAAUUAUAUCGCCGGUUGUAGCGAAAAGUGUUAUCCUAUGAGUUAUUCCAACAUAUACCGGGACUUCUCAUAAAAAAGCAAAAAUCCAAAGCUCGUAAAAGCAGCAUCUCUUCCUCUGCUCUCUGUUUUCCGUCGUCGAGACGGCAUGCACGAGUUUUGAAGAGAAACAUCUUUCUGUAAUUACGGUUGGCAGGUAGCUCUAUAGGGUUGAUAAUCAGAUAAAAAGGGUGCAUGAUAUAACACUUUUCUAGUGCUCAUAGAGGAAGUUACCAACGUAAGAUUUAUCUGAACGAUUUCCGCCCGUUCGUGUUUUGCAUUUGGCAAACUCCGAUCGGGUCCCUUAGUCGUAACGAGGGACUUUUCGAUUAAAAUAGAUAGCGAAUAAUUGGCGUGCGGAGCGAGGCGACCUCAAAUUGUUGCAUUCUCUCGCUCCCAACUCGCCUAACAAAGAGAACCUUUUGGUUCGGUACGAAUAAGAUACGCACUCGCACUUAGAGCGAGCAUGCAUGUCCUUCGAAGUGCUGAUUCCCGAACCGUCUCUUAGGUCAUUGCAAUAGAUCUUCCUUCUUCCGCUAAGAGCGCAAACGUUAAUGCGCUCUCGGUAAUGAUGGAACUAAAGGCGUUAGAUCAAUCCUUAGGGACGCCGUCCGGCCGAUCCCUGGGGAACGAACGAUCGAAUCUGACGGACGAAGGGAAGACCGGCGGAAUGUUCGGUCUGACCGAUGUUCAAUGCUAAACGAACGCAGACAAGCAAGAUUGGUAAGUCUCGCGUGGAACAGAGCUGCUAAUUGUGAUAUUGUAUCUAAAUUUAUUGGAUCUGCCGUGAAUCGAGCAGGAAAGUGCAAAGGUGUGUAAAGAAAUGAGAGAAGGAAAGAUAAAAAAAAGAAGAAACAAAAUUUUAUACACCAAUUAUACUGCCAGAUAAAUAAUUCAAAAAAUUGUUGUUCAAGCCUCUCUCUCGCGCGUUAAAGAGGCACUAUAUGUUGCACGGCAUGCGUCGCCGUAUACCGGACUUAGCCUUGUUAGCCUUCUGACGACCUAAGACCGUGUUCGCCAACAAAGGAGCUGCACGCGCGUAUUGGGGUAGGGCUACGCAGUUGAAUCGAUCGAUCUAAUAUUUAAAGAUUUCGCUCCAGAUCACAUACAUGCACUCAUUAAACACAC